UAACUUCCGGUGAACACAACAGCGCUCGACGACUGAUUGACGAACACAAGAAACAAAUAAUUCCCCUACAUAUCCAGAGUAUUGGACAACUCAUAUUUAAUUGAUAGGGUUUGAAGUAAAAAAAAAAAGAGGAAGAUGUCGUACAUGUUGCAGCAUCUGCACAAUGGAUGGCAAGUGGACCAGGCCAUCCUAGCGGAGGAGGACAGGGUGGUUGUGAUCAGAUUCGGCCACGAUUGGGACCCCUCGUGUAUGGUAAUGGACGAAACGCUGUACAAAUGUGCCGAGAAAAUGAAAAACUUUGCGACAGUGUAUCUGGUUGACAUUACAAAGGUGCCAGACUUUAACAAAAUGUACGAGUUGUACGACCCGUGUACAAUCAUGUUCUUCUACAGGAACAAACACAUCAUGAUAGAUUUGGGCACAGGAAACAACAACAAAAUCAACUGGUCGAUGGAGGACGUGCAGGAGUUUAUUGACAUUGUCGAGACCGUAUUCCGCGGUGCUAGAAAAGGACGUGGUCUGGUGGUGUCCCCGAAAGAUUACUCAACAAAAUACAGAUACUGAUCAUAUACUUAUAUAGAUCUUCUCAUUCUCAUUUUAGUUCUGUAUGUAUGUCAGUUUGAAAUGUUGUGUUUGGUGCAAUUAUUUCAUGUUUUGGGGGGGGGGGGGUUUUAACCCUUUCACCCCUAUGUAACUUUCGUAGACUCUACCAUGCAUUGAUCUGGAUGAGUCCAUUUUGGUCUACAGUGGUGAAAGGGUUAAGGAGGGAAAAAAUCAUGAAUGAUGAUCCGAAAGUUGAGUUUCUGCAACAUUAUCACUGUUCCAUAUUCUUUUACAGAUUUUGAUAAUCUCGGCAAAAACAUUUUUUAUCAAUAAGUCUUUUAAAUUUUGGAUGUAAACAGUUUUAACAAACACACAGGCUAAAAGUUUACCAAUGUAUGUACAAUGGAUACAAGGAAGGAACUCGAUUUCUGGUUAUUAAUGCAAAAUGUUUUAUAAAGACCGAGAUUUUGGACUUUAAUUAGCAAUCUGAAGUCCGUCAGCAAUAUAUUUGUACAUGUAUGCUGUAUAUCAAUGAGAAAAUAUCUAAAAGUGAUGCAAAGAUUAUGAGUGUCAUGAGAUAUCUUGCAUGGUAAUAACUGCAUUGUAUCAAUCAAUAAAUUGUGAAAUAUUGAA